UACACUCACGUAGCCGGUUGGUGAGACGUCAAAGUCAAUAAGUACAAAAAUUUCGUAGGCAGUUUGUUUUUUUCCCCCCACGCGAGCCAUAACAAAAUACAAUCGGGCGGAUCAGACAGACGACGACAUCGAAAUCGGAACGUGGCUACAACAACCAGCCAUGUUGAUUCAAGUAGUCCUCCUGAGCGUCCUGGUGUGGAUCUCCUUCGUCUGGCUGCAGUGCCGCUACCUGGAGAUCCUGGAGCUGCUCUUCGCCUGGAUAGCCGAGCAGUUGGCCAUCACCCGCAGGAGGCGGGCUCGUGAAGAGCGCCACCGACUGGGCCAGGGGCUCAAGGAUCAGGAUGGAGAAAGCGACACCGAUACCGAUGGCGAUACGGAUACCGAUAGCCAGGACCAGGACAAGGGCGAUGGCGCUGAGAUGCUGCUCUCACCGCCCAUCAAGAACCGCCUGAAUGUCCGGGUGGAGCAGUGCUGCGACCUGAUAGCCGCCGGAUUGGGCCUGGUCCUGGAGGACGACGUGACCCAGCGGUUCGUGGCCGCCCCCUCGCCGGCCGGCGAAUGGAAUCUCCUGACCAGGAAUCUCCGCCAGCGGAAGCGCUACCUCAACUGGCGCUUGAGGAUCGUCUGGCUGCUGGGCUGGCUGACCCGCUAUGGCCUGCUGCUGCCCCUGAGGACCGCGGCCUGCUGGCUGUGUCUGUUCAUGAUCAGCGGCAUCACGGUGCUGCUGAGCCACCUGCCCGACUGGCACUUCAAGAGGCAGCUGGUGGAGCUGGUCCUGCGGCAGUGCUUCAGGAUCACCGCCGGCUGUCUGCCCAUGAUCCGGCGGUUCCACAACACCGAGUACCGACCCACCAAGGGCAUCUGCGUGUGCAACCAUACGAGUCCUCUGGACGUCCUGGUCCUGAUGUGCGAUGCCAACUACUCGCUGACCGGCCAGGUGCACACGGGGAUCCUGGGAGUCCUGCAGCGAUCCCUGUCGCGGGUCUCGAACCACAUGUGGUUCGACCGCAAGGAGCUGGCCGACCGCGAGGCCCUGGGCCUCGUCCUCCGGCUGCACUGCUCCUCCAAGGACCGCCCGCCCGUGCUGCUCUUUCCCGAGGGCACCUGCAUAAACAACACCGCCGUGAUGCAGUUCAAGAAGGGCAGCUUCGCCGUCAGCGACAUCGUCUAUCCGGUGGCCAUCCGCUAUGACCGCCGCUUCGGGGAGGCCUUCUGGGACAGCACCCGCUACUCGAUGCUCCGCUACAUGCUGAUGGUGGUCAGCUCCUGGUGCAUCUGCUGCGACGUCUGGUACAUGGCGCCCCUCACCAGGCGCAUCGACGAGUCGCCCGUGGAGUUCUCGAACCGCGUGAAGGCCGCCAUCGCCGCCCAGGCUAAUAUCGAUGAUCUGCCCUGGGAUGGCAACCUCAAGCGCUGGAGUCCGGUGAGGGACUGGCAGUAGGCCAUCCACCAAUCUUGACCCCUGAUCCCCUUUCAAUCCGACCACAAUCACCCGUCCCAAGAGAAAUUCAAAGCAUUCAUCAAGCAAUUUAUCAUCGCCGUUUAGAACCACAGACACCAGUUGCUUCUGAGUAUAUUGUGUAAUAAUUUUAUAAUGAUCUAGUACCAAGAAAGCAGAGUGGUAAAUGAAUCAAUAUAUUUA